GCCUCCCAAUUUCAAAGGAAACAAUGACGUUUAAGAAUUGACUGCAUCAUUUGCAUGUGAAAUAAACAAUGAGUAAAUUAUAGGAUAUUUUGGGGGAUAUACUAGCAUAAAGUGGAUCUGAAUUUAUACUCAAGGUUAUUUUUGCUCGCGUCAUGCCGUCCAAGAGAUUUCUCUGCUGCACAUGCGCAGAAUCAUCAGACGCCGAUGAAGAAAAUAAAUAUGGGUACGAGUUAGCAAAUUCUUACCGUCGGCAAAAAGCAAGGCCGAAAGGGAAAUCUGGAAAAAAGACUUGGACUCGCAAAAGUCUGCUGGAAAAUGAGGUGAACAACCAGGACAUGAUUCCCCUGCAGUUUCUUCCGUAUCAAAUGCGAUCUUUAGAAACACCCAACAGCGUCCCUAUGACUUUACAUGACGACGACAACGAGAUUAGAAAAAGAUUACAAGCCCAAAUAACGUCACGGAAAAGGACAUCAACAAAUGAAGAAUUUCAGAGGCAAACGUCAGAUGCAUCUACUUCCAAAACAACGUUCCCGUGGAUGGAUGAAGGUUUUGUUCCUUCGUCAAGAACUGGUACUCGUUUGGGCGUAAGCUCCGUUCAGAUGAAUGCAAAACGCAAUGGUUUAGCAAACAGGAAUUUAGAAUUGCUUGACCAGGAAAGUGCUAGUGUACCCAAACAUGCAAAGUCCAGCGCAUUCCAUCCCUAUACAAAGAGCUUAAGUUUCGCAGAAGGUGAUCAGCAGUUUUACGCAACUUGGUGCGACAACAAACUAGUUCCACAAGGUAAAACUGUCUCGAAUGGUUAUAAUCUUCGCCUUGGUAGUAAUGAAAACACAUCCCGGUUUAAUCCCGGUUUUCCUCAUGAUGAGCGGCCUAAAGUAUUUCGAGCGCCGAAAUCUGACGUAGGCAUCAGUCGAAUAACAUCCAACAAUCGACAUAUUCGUCCUCCGGACGUCAUUCCACGACUUGAAAACGUCCAUGGUAUAACGUUAAAACCGAGUGAAAUGGCAGGAAGUAAUAACAUUCAAAAUGUGCAAACUACAAAAGUGCGAAAGAGUGUGAAGGAAAUCUUCCCAUCAACUAUAGACUUUUCAGACGAAUCUGCAGAUGAACUCACCAGUAACGCUGACUCCAGUUACGCAAGUAAUGUAACGUUCCGUUCACAGCAUAGCAAUGCAAAUUCCUCAGAUGUCUCACUUAAACGGACGUCACAUCCAGGCAUGUUCUCGGCCGUUGGAAAAUACGAGAUAUUGAAGUCACAUUCAACAAUUUCGAAAAACAUGUCAAAGAAGGCAAUCAACCGAAAAGUGGAAAGUUUGUACGGGUAUGUUCCAAGGGCUGUGACAAAUGUAUACGCAUCAAAUGCUCUUGAAGGAUCACAGAUAGAUGAUUUCUUCAGACAACGCCGUAAUGAACUUUUAGAGACAAACGUUGAUACAAGUGCAUAUAACAAUCAUGAAAAUGAUAGUAAAUCUACAAACGAGGACACACAAAACGAGCCUGUUAUAAUUACAACAGUUCUAGAAGAGGAUGGUGAAAGUUCCAGAAAUCAAACAGAAGUCGACGCGGCCAAACAAAGACACAUAUGCUGGAGCCAGAAAACGAAUGAAUGUGUGUCAGGUGAAAGCAUACGGCCGUUGAGUCAAAACAACGUAGCAGAAAUUGGAAUUGACCAAAUGUUUCACAAGCUUAAUAUUCAAAAAGUGUCCACUCAAGAGAGUGAAAAAAGAAACAUGUUCACGGAUCUUCCUUUUGAUUCUAAAGACACCAAGCGACCCUCACCAAAUGGACGUAAUAACAUUUCUGGCCAAAGAAAGCUAACGUCGCAGAAACAUAAGCAAGGAAGUGAAGCCGAAGUGAUAAUGAUAGAUUUUCCGCCCAAUGUUGAAGCUAAUAGGAAAUCAAGUUUUAACAAAGACUCGAACACUGUGUGCAACACGAGUCAUCCGGGGUCAGAAAUUAGUAUGCGUUCUACAUCAUCAACAACUGCACUCCUUGGGCACUCAGAAGUGCUUUAUUAAAUUUUCCUGAUCUCCGAUUUGUAUCCAGAUAUACUACAAACAAUGAUGAAAACCUCCUCUGGCAGACCUGCAAAAAGUUUGUGAGACAAACCAUACAGAUACAUGUUCCUUCUUUGCUGACAUCGAUCCGCUUUAACCAGCCAUGGAGCACACGUCAAACAAAACAAGUUUUAUACAAGAAAGAAAUCCGAAAUCAGCCACUACCUAGAGCUGUAGAAACAUACCCUGUUCGAAUGUGGAAAGGCCUAAACACUUACAUUAAUGACAUGGUUUCCACUGAUAGUAACCCUAAAUAGUUUAAUUCACUGGUGAAUGGGAAGGGAUGAGACAGCAGUGGAGUGUCAACCCUUUAGGGUCAAGGCUUGUCUCAAGAGUGAUGCAGCAACUACAUGUAAGGCCUCCACACUCAAGAUCAAGUUCAGCAGCGUUACAAGACAAGAAUGGACGACAACAGCAACAGCCUAGAUAUGCACCACUUUCCUAUUCAAUCAACGGCGUGCGAACCGGCUCCUCACGGAUCUGGCCCAUCACAAGGAAACUGGUCCAGGCAAUAUAUACCCGCCCGACUACGCAGAUGAGAUUGCACCCUCGCUGGCGCCCAUCUUUCAAGCCUCUGACCUGGAUAAAGUACCUUCAUAUUGUAGACAUGCAAACGUGACACUAAUAUUUUAAGGGUUACCACAUCCAACUUUCGGACCAUCCCGCUCACGUGUGGGUGCAACAAGGUCAUCGAACAUAUACUUCAAUUCAGGUCAUGGCACACUUGGAGAUGAUCCACAUCGACCAGCAGCUUGUUGUUUGGAAGAAGAGGUUCAACAAGAGCCAAUUGAUACUCACACUGCAACGUCAAGCAGUGUGAAUUGGCUCUUUAGGGCAAGUUGGGAAUUUUACUAUUUACUUCUGGUAAUGUAGUUGUGUGGACUGAUUAUUGUUUUGUUUAUUUUCGUGUUUGUGCUGUAUAAACAUUUAUCUUCUACAUUAUGUUUAUAAGUUUGCAAUA